AUGGAUCAGGAUCACACUGCAGUCCGAAACUUAAAGCGUAAACAAGAAGAAUGUAAUAAUAAUACACAGCUAAUAGAUUCUCAACGAGAUCAAACCGACAAGAUUGUCCAACAGAUUCUUGUCCUCAAAUCCGUUGCUUCAUCCUCUCUCUCAGAUCGUGUUACCUGUGCUGCCGUAAAAACUGCCCUAAAAGUUCUUUCUGAACUUGUCGGAGACGAGGAGCUUGUGGAUACUAUAGUGAACUUUGACGUCGAAGUUCCAGAUGGCUUGCAGAUCGGAUUCGUUUUGCUCAUCGGCCUUCUGUCUUAUAAACCAGAGUACCAACAACCCAUUGUUGAUGCUGGAGUCCCGCCCUGUCUUGUUGAUUUCUUAAGGGUGCAUAAAGCUGGUCUCAUGUCUCAAGCACUUGUUGGUCUUCUUAAUACAAUAGUAGACACAAUAACUAAUCUUGCUCAUACAAACAUCAACACUAUGAACCUUAUCAGGAAUGAAGGUGGUAUUCCACUUCUUGUUGAAUUGCUUGAAUUCAAUGAUUCAAGUGUGCAGAGGGCAGCGGCAGGAGCCUUACGAACUCUUGCAUUUAACAAUGAUGACAACACAAAUCAAAUUGUGGAAUGCAAUGCGUUGCCCACUCUUGUAUUGAUGCUUCAAUCAGAGGAUCCUACUAUACAUUAUGAGGCGAUAAGUGUAAUUAGAAGUUUGAUCCACAAUUCACAAAAUAUUAAGGAAGUUGUUCUUGAAGUUGGCGCUUUACAACCGGUGAUUUUGUUAUUGAGGUCCUCUUGUUUGAAGACCCAAAAAGUAGCAACUUCUUUACUUGGUGAAUUUGCUACAUCAUAUUCAUGUUCCAAGGCUCGGAUUGCCCAAAGAGGGGCUAUAAUACCUUUGGUUGACUUGCUUAAGUCCUCAGAUGAACUACUUUGUGCAAUGUCAGCUUUUGUUCUUGGGAAGUUAGCCGAGGACUCCGACAAUCAAGUUGGUAUUGCUUAUAACGGAGGUAUAGAGCCUCUGCUCAAUCUUCUUGGCUCAAAGAAUGAGUGUAUUCAACACUAUGCAGCCUCCACUCUCUCUUGUGUCGCUUAUAAUGAGGACAAUGUUGUAGAUAUUAUUAAGGCUGGUGGUAUUCAAAAACUGCUCAAUGGACAGUUCUUAUUACAGGCUUCUGAUUAUGUGUGUCUGUGUGUGGAAAUGAUAUUAAAAAGAUUAGAGGAGAACAUGCAUGGGCGAGUACUGAAACAUCUGUUGAAUCUUAUGCGCUUUGCAGACAAAGAUGUUCAAAGACUUGUAGUUAUUGCUCUUGCUCAUUUAUGUUCCCCUAAUGAUUAUAAAACUAUUUUCAUUGUUAAUAAUGGACUAGAACUGCUUCUGGAUCUUCUUGAAUCUAAAAACCUAAAGCAGAAGAGUGAUGCUUCAGCAGCGCUUCUCAAGUUAUCUACCAAAGCCACAUUUGUCUCUAUUGUUGAUGCUGCUUCUCCAUUACUAUCGUCCAAAGUGUACAUGGACGAACAUUAUGUGAACAAUCCCAAACUAUCUAAUGUCACAUUCUUAGUUGAAGGUGAAAGGUUUUAUGCUCAUAGAGCUUGCUUGCAAGCUUCUUCAGAUGCAUUUCACGCAAUGUUUGAUGGGGGUUAUAGGGAAAGUGAAGCCAAUGACAUCGAGAUUCCAAAUAUUAAAUGGGAUGUCUUUGAGAUGAUGAUAAGAUUUAUUUACACCGGAACAGUAGAUGUCAAAUUGGAUAUUGCUGUGGACCUCCUCAUAGCUGCAGAUCAGUAUCUUAUGGAAGAUCUUAAGCGUCUUUGUGCACAUGAAAUUUCUCAAGAUAUUUCUGUGGAUAAUGUUUCACUAAUGUACGAUAUGUCAGAGACAUACAAUGCUACAUCAUUAAGAAACGCGUGCAUACUGUUUGUCCUGGAGCAAUUUGACAAGUUGAGUGUCAAACCAUGGUAUUGUAGCCUCGUUUGUCGCAUUUCACCCAGCAUACGCAAAUUUUUCUCAGAUUUACUAACCAAGCCAAGUGAUUCAGAGGACCACUGAGGAUCCUUGAAUUUUAAACACUGGAAAAGGUGAAAGACGUAAACAUUUUAGUAAGAAAUAGAAUUAUUGAUCAUUUCCCUGUAGCAAUGAAGUUGGCCUAAGACUUUGGUCGGUACUUUGAGAUUUCCCAUGUUAACAUGGUGCGUGUUGAAAGAUUAUUUCCAAUCUAAACUUGUUAAA